GCCGAGCAUGGCGGCGCUGCGGGUGCUGGAGCUGUACAGCGGCAUCGGGGGCAUGCACCAGGCCCUCAGAGAAAGCUGCACAUAUGCAGAAGUUGUAGCUGCUGUUGAUGUGAACACUCUUGCCAAUGAUGUUUAUAAGCACAACUUUCCCAGCACACCAUUAUGGGCAAAGACUAUUGAGGGAAUAACACUGAAAGAAUUUGACAAAUUAUCUUUUGAUAUGAUUUUGAUGAGUCCUCCCUGUCAGCCUUUUACAAGAACUGGCCUGCAAGGUGACGUGUCUGACCCACGGACCAAGAGCUUUCUCUAUAUCCUUGAUAUUCUCCCAAGGCUUCAGAAGCUUCCAAAAUACCUACUUUUAGAAAAUGUUAAAGGAUUUGAAUCCUCUUCUGCAAGAAAUGAACUUUUGCAAACACUAGCAACAUGUGGAUUUAAAUAUCAGGAAUUUCUCUUGUCUCCAACAUGUCUUGGCAUUCCCAAUUCUAGGCUGCGGUAUUUUCUAAUUGCAAGGCUUCACCAAGAACCAUUUUCCUUUCAAGCUCAUGGUCAAAUAUUGACAAGAUUCCCAGAUCAGGAUCCAGAAGAUUUACUCAAGGAAAAAGUUGCUGACAAAGUGGGAGAAGCCAGUUCUUUGUCCUCUGAGGAGAAGAAUCUGGAUCCAAGCAUUGAUCCAGAUUGCAGCAGCAAGAAGAGUUUAGAAAAAGGGGCCUUUCUGUUUAAGCUUGAAACAGUAGAAGAGAUGGAAAGGAAACAUAAUCAGGAUAAUGAUCCCUCUAUUCAAAUGCUAAAAGACUUCUUGGAAGAGGAAAAUGAAGAAAUGAGUCAAUAUUUCUUACCACCAAAGUCCUUACUGCGCUAUGCUCUCUUGUUAGACAUUGUUAAACCCACCUGCCGGAGAUCCACAUGCUUUACAAAAGGGUAUGGACACUAUGUAGAAGGGACUGGCUCUGUUCUGCAGACAGCAGUAGAUGUACAGCUCGAAUCAGUGUUCAAACACAUUGAUGAGUUACCAGAAGAAGAGAAGCUUAUGAAAUUGUCAACAUUAAAACUGAGGUACUUUACCCCAAGAGAAAUAGCAAAUCUUCAUGGAUUCCCUUUGGAAUUUGGUUUUCCUGAAAAGGUGACAGUAAAGCAACGCUAUCGUCUGCUGGGAAACAGCCUCAAUGUACACGUGGUGGCAAAAUUGAUCUCCAUUCUACUUGAAUAAUUUAGAACCUGAAACUGAUGCAUAUGGACUGGUGACAGAAAAUACUUCCAUCUUUUAGGAGAAAGCUGAUGGAACCUGGACAAAUACCAGAGCUUGCCAAGAUACUUGUCCAGACAUUUUGCCGAAUGAGUUUUAUAUAUUUUUAAUAACUUGCAUUCAUGAUGGAUUUAAACUGUAUAGGUGUUUUAUUUAAAGGGCAGUUUACAGGACUUACUUGCUUUAUUUGAAUGUUCUUUUUAGUUUGCAGAAUGAAAAAUAGUACACAUGCUAAUACUUCAAUGAGAAAGGACAAGAUUAUUUUAUUUUACUUUAUUUUAUUUUUUAUCAUAAAACCAUUUUCAGUAUUGUGUGAAACUGUGUCAAAGCUGUUUCAAUCAGGUGCAGAGAUCAAGUUCUAUGUAUAAAAUGUCUUCAUCUUUAAAUGUAAGUAAUCCAUUCUGAAAAGAUUUGCUGUAUAUAUGAUCUGAA